AUGGGACGACGAAAGAAAACCGAUGAUAAAUUUGCUAAACCUAUUCGUGGUCCUGGUCGUAAAUCACGAAAACAAGGCGAACCAGUUUUUGCAAAGGAAUUACUAGCAACAGACCCGAAUGAAAAGAAAAAAAUAUCAAGUCGUGGUAAACAACGUGCAAAAAAACGUCUAGUAAAAGAACAAACAAAAUUAACAAAUAAAAAAACAACAAAACCGAAACCAAUAAUAAAACGUCAAUCAGAUGGUGAAUCGAAUGAUGAUGAGGAGGAGGAACAACAAGGCAAUGGAUAUACUGAUGAUAAUCAACAAUGGCUUACACCAAAAAAGAAAAAAGUAUUAUUUGAAGGAGAUGAAAAUGAAGAAGAAGAAGAAGAAGUAAUGGAAGAAGAUUUGCCAUAUAAUGAUGAAUUUAAUGUGGAAAGUUCAAGUGAUGACGACGAAGAUGACCUUGAUGAACCUAAACUUGAUAUUGAAAAAAAAUCGAAAAAAUUACGUGAAAAACAACGUCAACAAAAAGAAAGUGCUGAACAAGAAUUAUUAACAAAUAUUCAACAACAUGAAAAAGUUCAAUUUCCUAGUGGACAGGAAGUGACAAAAGAAGCACCACAAGCUGAUUUACAAUUAUUAAUGCAUCGUAUACGUGAAGUAAUCAAUGUAUUAAAUGAUUUUAAAAAUAAACGUGAAGUAAAUCGAUCAAGAAAAGAAUAUCUUGAUUUACUUCAACAAGAUUUAUGUAAUUAUUAUUCAUAUAACGAAUUUUUAAUGAAUAAACUUAUUGAUUUAUUUCCACUUGCUGAAAUCAUCGAUUUUUUGGAAGCAAAUGAAGUUCAACGACCAGUUACAAUUCGAACUAAUACAUUAAAAACACGUCGUCGAGAUUUAGCUCAGGCCUUAAUUAAUCGUGGUGUUAAUGUUGAUCCAUUAGAUAAAUGGACAAAAGUUGGAUUAGUUAUCUAUAAUAGUCAAGUACCUAUUGGUGCAACACCGGAAUAUCUCAGUGGACAUUAUAUGCUUCAAGGUGCUUCCAGUUUUCUACCUGUAAUGGCAUUAGCACCUCAACCAAAUGAACGCAUUUUAGAUAUGUGUGCUGCACCAGGUGGAAAAGCAAGUUAUAUUGGUGCAUUAAUGCGAAAUAGUGGUAUAUUAGUAGCAAAUGAUGCUAAUAAAGAUCGUGCUAGAGCUAUUAUUGCUAAUACACAUCGAUUGGGUUUAACAAACAUAAUCGUAACAAAUCUUGAUGGACGACAAUUUUCAGAGCAUAUGGGUGGUUUUGAUAGAUGUCUUGUUGAUGCACCAUGUAGUGGUACAGGUGUUAUAGCAAAAGAUCCAGCAGUAAAAAGUUCCAAAGAUGAUAAAGAUAUUCAACGAUGUUUUACUGCACAACGUCAACUUUUAUUAAAUGCUAUUGAUUCAGUUAAUGAGUUUUCAUCAACUGGUGGAUAUAUUGUUUAUUCAACAUGUUCAAUUUUAGUUGAAGAAAAUGAAGCAGUUAUUCAAUAUGCAUUAAAUAAUCGACCAGUAAAACUUGUUGAAACAGGUUUAGAAUUUGGUGUUGAAGGUUUCACUAAUUUCAAAGGUACACCAUUUCAUCCAUUUAUGAAAUAUUGCCGUCGAUACUAUCCACAUUUACAUAAUUUGGAUGGUUUUUUUGUUGCAAAAUUAAAGAAAUAUUCAACAAAACAAGGCAAUAAAAAAGAAUCUGAAACAAUACAAAAGAAAAAAGAAAUUGAAGAAGAUGAUUCACCAGCAUCAAUAAAUGAAGAUUAA